AUGGAGGCGGCGCCGAGCUCCAAGCCGAGGCGGGAGCCGCCUCCCAUCCCUCCCAACUACGUCAGCCUCCAGCAGCUCCAGCAGCUCCGCCUCAAGGAGAAGGAGGAGGAGGAGAAGCGGCGGCGGGAGGAGGAGGAGGCCGCCGCAGCCAAGCGGGCGGCGGCGCUAAAGGUGGAGGAGGCGGCCAUGGCCGCCGCGGUUAAGCGGGAGGCAGCGCUGAAGGCAGAGACGAAGGGCCGCGCAGCCUCGCGCGAGGCCUUCUGCGGAGUCAAGGAGAGGCAUCGAGGAGGGCGCGCACAAGGGCAGGGCCAGCAGUGGGUGGCCGUGGGGUAUCGGUCACCAGCCACGACCCCGCGGCCAAUGCCGACGUGCGGGGAAGCUGCGGCACGGGAGAAGGAAUGGAUUGUAGGAGGUAACCGUGGCAAGAAGGGGCCGGACGAUGUCGCGGACAAUGCACCCCAUCCCCAUGGCGGAUGCAAGUCGCCGUGGAAGGGGAAGGGGAAGAAGAAGGCCUCCUCGUGCCAUACUGUAGGCGAUCCAGGUAAUCUGGCCGAGGCGGUGGCUCCUGCAGCAUCGAACGGCGGCAAGCCGGAAAACAAGAGCGAAAUCAAGGCGAUGGGGAAGGCCUCUCCACUCGAUCCGGCCAAGGCGGCCGUCGCAUCAUCCCCAGGCCACUUCGCGUACAAGGGGAGGAAGGGCGCGGGCGGGCGGAGCGCAGAAACGAGCCCGGGCGAUGCUCCGGCGAAGACGGCCAGUCCGUCGCCGCCGCUAGGCGUCAAGUCGGGCAACACGGGGAAACCGAAGCCUGCAGCGCCCAGGCUCGCAGAUGCCGCGACAGGCCCCUCCCAUCUCGGCCGCCGAUGGCAGCAACAAACCGAAGAGCGGUGA